AUCGCCGAUUUCCAUAAGCCUGCAGUGUUUCUCAAACCCAGCAGAGAAAGAGAACCAACUGCUCGCACGCGUGUUAAAUUACCAUUUUACGUAAACAUGGCACGCCAAAUUGUUGUUGUUGCUCUUGUUCUGAUGGCCACCGUGGGCUUGGCUUUUGGCGCCGACGCCCCCAGCCCCAGCGCCGGUGCCGCUGCCACCACAACCCCAAAACCUGGUCUCCCAACGUUUAGUGGUGUGCCUGUUUCCGGACCCGUAGCCGCAGCCGACGAUAACCAAGUGGGAACCAUGGGCGGUGAGAGCGCUGCCGCUCCUUCUCCCAGCGGCAGUGCUUCUAGCGAUGGUGUCACCGCCGGCUCUGUUGGUGGACCUGUCUCCGAAUCAACUUUUGGCUCCAUUGAUGGUGGCAAUGCCGAGAGUCCUAAGGCUAGUGCUGCCACCACCGGACAGCUCUCCGCUGGAGCAGUUGUUGCCGCUGGCGUCACCGCCUCCUUCUUCUUCUAAGCUCAAGCAGCUCCAUGUAUGCACGUAUGCAUAAUGCAUAUCAAUAAUGAUGCUAGGCUCACUACAUUUGUUCGAGAAAGAGAAAUGAUAUGUUUGCAUUGAUGUAUCAUUAAAGUGUGCCUAGAGUUGAAUAAAUGAAGCAUUGCUACAUCAUCAUCCGGCCUAUAAAAAAUUUCCGACAAAUAUGGUGAGUGUAGAAGUGCUCAUAAACCGUUGUGACGGGCACUUGAAAAAUUCUUUAGAAGUGUUGUGUAAUUGUAAUUUUCCUUUGGGAUUUGAAUUGACUUAAAAAGAAGGCAUUAUACAUAGAAAAGAAAAUAAUUAUGGUUUGUA